CCCUCUUUCGCAACAGUCACCGCCCCGAAGCACCUCCUCAACGAGUUCGCCGACGUCGACGCCGAGGACCCGUUCGCCGAGACGGCCAAGAGCCGUCAGGUCGCAUCCCGCCAGUCCGAGUACCACGCGCGGCGCUUUGACCGCGAGACCGGCGUCUCGUCCGACGCGUUCGGCAACGGCGGCGAGGGCGGCGAGGGCGAGUCGUACGUCGACAAGAUGCGGCGCGCCGAGAUCGAGCGCGAGGAGCUGCGCGUCCGUCGCGAGCUCGAGCGCCGCGAGCAGGAGGGCACCGACGCCGAGGGCGAGCCGCUCAAGUCGAUCGAGGCCGUCGACCAGACGCCGCGUCGGAAACGGUGGGACGUCGCCGAGCCUUCCGAGCCUGCUCGCGACUCGGCCAUGGUCGACGGCACCUCGGCGGGCAAGGAGCGCGGCGGCGAGUGGGACGAGGCCAAGCUCAAGGGCAAGGCGGCUGCUGCGCCCGAGGAGACGCCGCGGCGCAAGCGCAGCCGGUGGGACGAGACGCCGGCGGGCGUGACGGCGGGCGCACCGGGCGAGACGCCCAAGCGCUCGCGAUGGGACCAGACGCCGGUCGGCAACGUCUCGGCGACGCCCGUCCCGGGCUCGCUCAUGCCUUUCAACAUGACGCCGACGAUCAACACGGUGCAGCAGGGCACGGCGGGCGAGGGCUUCCUCCUCGUCGGCGGCGUCAUGGACCGGCGAGUGCGCUACCUCACCGACGAGGAGCUCGACGCCAUGCUCCCGAGCGAGGGCUACGAGAUCGUCGAGCCGCCGCAGGGCUAUGCGCCCAUCCGCACGCCGGCGCGCAAGCUCACCGAGGCGCCCCUCGCCGACACGGGCGGCUUCAUGAUGCCCGAGACGGGCGUGAGCGCCGAGGCGCUCGGCAUCACGACCGAGCUCCCGACCGACAUCGAGGGCGUCGGCGACCUCCAGUUCUUCAAGAAGGAGGACGCGCAGUACUUCGCCAAGAUCCUGACGAACGAGGACGAGGGCGCGUUGACGGUCGAGGAGCUCAAGGAGCGCAAGAUCAUGCGCCUCCUGCUCAAGAUCAAGAACGGCACGCCGCCGAUGCGCAAGUCGGCGCUGCGGCAGAUCACCGACAAGGCGCGCGACUUUGGCGCCGGCCCGCUGUUCGACAAGAUCCUCCCGCUCCUCAUGGAGCGCACGCUCGAGGACCAGGAGCGCCACCUCCUCGUCAAGGUCAUCGACCGCGUCCUGUACAAGCUCGACGACCUCGUGCGGCCGUACGUGCACAAGAUCCUCGUCGUCAUCGAGCCGCUCCUCAUCGACGAGGACUACUACGCUCGCGUCGAGGGCCGCGAGAUCAUCAGCAACCUGUCCAAGGCGGCCGGCCUCGCCCACAUGAUCUCGACGAUGCGACCCGACAUCGACCACGCCGACGAGUACGUCCGCAACACGACCGCUCGCGCCUUCUCGGUCGUCGCCUCGGCGCUCGGCAUCCCCUCGCUCCUCCCCUUCCUGCGUGCCGUGUGCCGUUCGAAGAAGUCGUGGCAGGCGCGUCACACGGGCAUCAAGAUCAUCCAGCAGAUCGCCAUCAUGAUGGGCUGCGCCGUCCUGCCGCACCUCAAGAACCUCGUCGAGUCGGUCGCGCACGGUCUCGAAGACGAGCAGCAGAAGGUGCGCACGAUGACGGCGCUGUGCAUCGCCGCCCUCGCCGAGGCGGCGGCCCCGUACGGCAUCGAGUCGUUCGACAGCGUCCUCAAGCCGUUGUGGACCGGCAUCCGCAAGCACCGUGGCAAAGGGCUCGCCGCGUUCCUCAAGGCGAUCGGCUUCAUCAUCCCCCUCAUGGACCCCGAGUACGCCAACUACUACACGCGCGAGGUCAUGGUCAUCCUCAUCCGCGAGUUCCAGUCGCCCGACGAGGAGAUGAAGAAGAUCGUGCUCAAGGUCGUCAAGCAGUGCGCCGCGACCGACGGCGUCCAGCCGCAGUACGUCCGCGAGGAGAUCCUGCCCGAGUUCUUCAAGAACUUCCUCGUGCGCCGCAUGGCGCUCGACCGCCGCAACUACCGCCAGGUCGUCGAGACGACGGUCGAGCUCGCCAACAAGGCCGGCGUGUCCGAGAUUGUCGGCCGCAUCGUCAACGACCUCAAGGACGAGAGCGAGCCGUACCGCAAGAUGUGCAUGGAGAUCAUCACCAAGGUCGUGUCGAACCUCGGCGCGGCCGACAUCGACGAGCGCCUCGAGGUGCAGCUCAUCGACGGCAUCAUCUACUCGUUCCAGGAGCAGACGGUCGAGGACAACGUCAUGCUCGAGGGUUUCGGCACCGUCGUGUCGUCGCUCGGUAUCCGGGUCAAGCCGUACCUGACGCAGAUCGUGUCGACCAUCCUGUGGCGCCUCAACAACAAGAGCGCAAAGGUGCGGCAGCAGGCGGCCGACCUGACGAGCAUGCUCGCCCUCGUCAUCAAGCAGUGCGAGGAGGACACGCUCCUUUCCAAGCUCGGCAUCGUCCUGUUCGAGCAGCUCGGCGAGGAGUACCCGGACACGCUCGGCAGCAUCAUCUCGGCCAUUGCUGCCAUCGCCAACGUCGUCGGCAUGACCCAGAUGAGCCCGCCCGUCAAGGACCUGCUUCCUCGCAUGACGCCCAUCCUGCGCAACCGGCACGAGAAGGUGCAGGAGUCGUCGAUCAACCUCAUCGGGCGCAUCGCCGACCGCGGCGCAGAGUUCGUCUCGGCUCGCGAGUGGAUGCGCAUCUGCUUCGAGCUGCUCGACCUCCUCAAGGCGCACAAGAAGGCGAUCCGGCGUGCGGCCGUCAACUCGUUCGGCUACAUCGCCAAGGCCAUCGGCCCGCAAGACGUCCUGAGCGUCCUCCUGACCAACCUCAAGGUCCAGGACCGCCAGUCUCGCGUCUGCAGCACCGUGGCCAUCGCCAUCGUCGCCGAGACCUGCGGCCCGUUCACGUGCAUCCCGGCCGUCCUGAACGAGUACCGCACGCCCGAGCUCAACGUGCGCAACGGUUGCCUCAAGGCGCUCUCGUUCCUGUUCGAGUACAUCGGCGAGAUGGGCAAGGACUACAUCCACAGCGUCCUCACCUGCCUCGAGGACGCCCUCACCGACCGCGACCAGGUCCACCGACAGACGGCCGCCUCGAUCGUCAAGCAUCUCGCGCUCGGCACCGCCGGUCUCGGCGCCGAGGACGCCAACCUGCACCUGCUCAACCUCAUCUGGCCCAACAUCUUCGAGACUUCGCCGCACGUCAUCAACGCGAUGCUCGACGCCAUCGAGGCCAUGCGCGUCGCCCUCGGUCCGGGCAUCGUCCUGCAGCACGUCCUCCAGGGCCUGUUCCACCCGGCGCGCAAGGUCCGCGAGGUGUACUGGUCGAUCUACAACUCGCUGUACCUCGGCGCGCAGGACGCCCUCGUCGCCUUCUACCCCUCGCUCGAGCUGUCGGACGACCGCAACGUCUACGAGCGCGACCACCUCAUGAUGUUCAUCUGAGCGGGCUCGCUGUCGCUCUCAUCUCUCGAUCGUUGUUCUCCUUGUGUAGCGAUGUAACCCUCGAAGCUGUUUCCUCUCCCG